AUGUCGGGGGGUACACCAACUGGGGCUGGAUAUAUGAGGCAGAGGCAUAGCCAGGGGUAUGCAUCGAGUGGCGAUGAUCUUGAGGAUGAUGCAUGUUCGGUUAUGCGCACUUCGUCCCCAAGAACUCCGAGAGUUUGGUCACGGAUUGAGAUUGUAGAGAAUGUCCUUUGGCUUGCCUCAGCAGCAUUCAUUGUUUACUAUGGUGAUAGGAAAUCCAACUUGAUAUAUCUCUUCUGGCAUGAUGACCGAAUCAGAAGAUUGCCUUUAUACGUUGGAACGGUGGGCGUGGUUUUGAACAUUAUCAUCUUCUGUUAUACAAGUAUGUCCGCAUGGAGUGUGAGGAGAUUUGAUGAAAAAUGGGAAUUAGCUAGUAUAUCUGCUCUGCCAUUUGUGACACUACUUGGCGUCAUCUCCUUUUGCUUGUUCUGCUUCGCUUUGUGGCCAAUAUGGAGUUUCUUGACCCUUCCUCUUCUUUUCACGCUGUUUAUGGCAUGCAUGGUUAUAUGUCCAUACGUUAUAAUCGGGAUAUUUAGGCAACAACAUGAUGUGCUGCGUACAGAUUAUGCCGCCUCGGAAUUAAGUGAGAAACAAUACUGA